AUGGCAGCAGCAACGAGUGGUCGUAAACGAGGUCGCCCCCGUACUGUGACCAACGACCAAGAGGUGCCAGAGAGACGCCGCCAACAGCUCCGCCUGGCACAACAAGCAUAUCGCAAGCGAAAGGAAACAACUAUCGGUAACCUGCAGAGCCGUGUACAAGAGCUGGAGACCGGCGUCGAGAACCUCAGCAAUGCUUUCUUAUCCUUUAGUAAUCUUUUUUUGGAACAACAACUGCUAUCACAAUACCCCCAUAUUGCAUCGGCUUUGCAGGACAUAACGCACCAGUGUGUUGCGCUUGCGAAAGCGGCAACUGACGAACCAAGUGAGGCUCUCGUCCAUGUCAAAGAGUCUCCUCAACCUGUCGCCAAACUGGACCAUACUUCGCCCCCAGGCCUGGUACUGGACCACACGAAUUCAGAGAGUUCUACCGACGUGGAAGAUAUAGUCCGUUCGGUCCCCAAAUGGGUUGAAGGCACAUCAUAUCAGGAUCGCUCGUUCCUCCCCUUCGGAGUCGUCAUGACAUCCCCAACCACGCAGUUUCCCUACUUGACACCGCCGUUGUCGAGUUCUCCGAUGCAAGACUUGAUACCAAACACUACAGUUGAAGAUGAGCGAUGGACCAUCGCCCAGCGUAUAGUCAAAACGUGCUGCCGACACGGGUACCGCCUGCUCGUGAACUCCCCAAACCACUCCAGGGUCCAGCAGAUCUUCGGAUCUACCCUGAAUACCUCUGAACGCAACCGCUUAAUCUCAAUGUUCCAUGCUGUUAAUCAUGAUAAGAUUGGCGAUUUGGUUGAUGCCAAAGCUAACGUACUUAGUGCUCUCCGAGCGAAGUUGAGCACGCUCACGGCAGAUCAACCACAGCUCUCAUCUAGAACAUGGCAAAUUGCCCUUGAAUCGGUUUCUGGUGAUUGGAUGGACUGCACGGGCGUCCGGAAAUAUCUGCACGAGAAACGAAUUGUAUUUGAAAACUUCCCUGAUUCAAUGGGUCGUUUGCAGCACGAUGUCUCGUCAUCGCUUGAUAUAUCAAAAUUCAUAAAAUGUGAGCUAACCCUUUGUGAUCGCCUAUACAUUCGCUUAUAA